AAACUCCAAACCUUGUCAUUAUAUGGAAAGAAAUAAACCUGUAAUUAAAACUCCCACAGGUCAUUUAAAAAAAGUGUGAAUUUUUCGUUACAGUCCAACGGUAACUUGGGAGAGAGAGAACGCCUGGAACGGGUUAAAAAGAAAGACAAAUAUACAAAACGCACUCAUCCACCGUUAGAUUAGAAGUUCAUCAUCCAACGGCUAGAAAUCUAAUCCCGCUAAACAUUUGACCGUUGCCAAAUUAUGCUUUAAUGGCUCCGCUCCUCUCAUCUCUUCCCCUUUAAUCAAUCUCUCUCAUCCCUCUUCUCAUAUACUCUCAGAUUCUCUCUAAAGCUUCAUACAAUAAAGAAAAAACAGAGUCUUGAAAAACACCGACAGAGAAAAAAAGAUCAUGGCGACUAGACCUGUUCUUCGUCCUCAACCCGUUAGAGGUGAACCCAAGAACCGCCGUGCUCUUGGUGACAUAGGAAACAUCGAUUCUCUUCCCGGUGUUGAUGGAGGAAAGAUCAAUCGUCCCAUGACUCGCAACUUUCGUGCUCAGUUGCUAGAAAACGCCGCCGCCGCCGCUAAUAAAAAGGAUCCAGUUCUUGAUGGAUCUAAAGUUGUUGUUACCAAGAAACAAGAAGUUGUAAGAGCGGUUCAAAAGAAAGCAAGAGGCGGUGAUAAGCGGGAGCCAUCAAAACCUAUUGAAGUCAUUGUGAUUAGUCCUGAUACAAACGAGGUUGCAAAAGCUAAAGAGAAUAAGAAAAGUGAUGCGACUGUGUUGUCUCAUAAGAAAGUUACAUACUCUUCGGUUCUCGAUGCUCGUAGCAAGGCUGCUUCUAAAACUUUGGAUAUCGAUUCUGUCGACAAAGAUAAUGAUCUUGCUGCUGUGGAAUAUGUUGAGGAUAUAUACACUUUCUACAAAGAAGUUGAGAAUGAGAGCAAACCUCAGAUGUAUAUGCAUACACAACCUGAGAUUAAUGAGAAGAUGAGAACUAUCCUUAUAGAUUGGCUUGUAGAAGUUCACGUCAAGUUUGAUCUCUCCCCUGAGACUCUCUACCUCACUGUCAACAUCAUUGAUCGUUUCCUGUCUCUGAAACCUGUGCCUAGAAGAGAGUUACAGCUUGUAGGUAUCAGUGCUUUGCUCAUUGCUUCCAAGUACGAAGAGAUCUGGCCUCCUCAGGUUAAUGAUUUGGUAUACGUGACUGAUAACUCCUACAUCAGCAAACAGAUUCUAGUGAUGGAGAAAACCAUAUUGGCGAAUCUGGAAUGGUACUUGACAGUUCCAACACAAUAUGUGUUUCUUGUGAGGUUCAUCAAAGCUUCAGGUUCUGAUCCGAAAUUGGAGAGCAUGGCUCAUUUUCUUGCUGAGUUGGGUUUGAUGCACUACGACAGUUUGAUGUUCUGUCCUUCCAUGCUUGCUGCGUCAGCUGUCUACACAGCCAGAUGCACCUUGAACAAGACUCCUGCUUGGACUGAUACAUUGAAGUUCCACACAGGCUACUCUGAAUCUCAGCUCAUGGAUUGCUCAAAGCUUUUAGCUUUCAUUCACUCGAGUGUUGAGGAGAGCAGACUACAAGGUGUGUUUAAGAAGUAUUCAAAACUUGGAAGAGGUGCUGUUGCUUUGAUUUCACCAGCCAAGUCUCUUUUGUCGUCUGAUCCUUAAACAAGUCUUGAAUGAAGAAGUCUCCGUCUUGCAAACUCUGCA